GUCCUGUCACCUGAACUUAUGUGAACAGAAUCAACCUUUGCUUUCUAGCCCUCUGGCCACACCCAGAAAAGCCUUCCCUUACUUUGUGUUCUCAAUUGAGUUUUGAGAAUAAACGGUGGUGCUUGUUUUCACAAAGAGCAGAUCUUUAGGACUGGGGUGGGGCCCUAGAAUAUGUAUUCUAGGUCAGCUGUGUAAUAAGGUAGCCUCUGGCCACACGUGGCUACUGAGUACUUGGAAUGUACCUAGUUGAAAUUGAUGUGUCUAAAAAGCUUGGCAUGGGGAAGCAUGGAUAUUUUAUUAAUCAUUUUGUAUGCUGAUUGGUGAAAAGAUUAUGUUUGGGGUGUAGUGUGUCAGAUAAAUACAUCACUCACAGUUAUUCAUCUGUUAACUAAUGCUUUUUUGCAACGUAAUUCCAAGAAAAUUUUAGAGUACUCUUGUAGCUGGCUCUCUUUCUAUUGGACAAUACUACUCUUGAUGACCGUAAUGGGGGCAGUCCCGGGACGCCUGCUGAUCACUCAGAGGUUGUGUGACUUCAGAGCCAAGAGUUUGUCUCAGAGAAAAGCCUCCAAAGCCUUUCUCCUAACAUUAGCUAACAUUUGUUGAGCCUUAACUAGAUCCCCAAGACUCUUUUAAUGGUUAAUUUGGUUUAUGUUCUUGACAGCUAUGAAGCUUAGGAACUCUCUGUCUCUCCUUAAUGCGGAUGAGAAAUUGAGGCUCAGAAUGAUUAAGGGAUUGAUAUAAAGACACAACAAAGCUUUGAAUCAAACCCAAACAGGGGGACUUCAGACUCUUUAAGCACUGAAUUAUACUCACUGAUUGUCCAAGCAAGCACACUAACUGUAAACAGUUUGCCUACUGAGUGUCUGUAGUGCCUUAUUUAUUAUUUUUUUUAAAAAUUUUGGCUCUUUUGUGUGUGUAUGCCCUCUCAUUUUGAGACAUAAUGUCUAAAAAGACUUCAUAGGCCUGAAAAAGAACAGCACAGGUAAUACUCUGUUUUGCACUCUCAUUUGCUUGUCCACAGCUGGGCACUCUUUCUUGAGUCAGAAUGUUUAUCCAGCAUUUUGGCAGCACUGCACACAUGGAAACAGGAUCCUGAUUGGUGGGCUGUGUCCAGGUUACUUACAGGAAGGCUGCACUUUGGCGUAAAUUGCAAUCGAUUAGGGAUCGUUUCUCAGACUCAAGUUAGACGUGAGAGUUCAGAUAAGUGAGGCCGCCAUUGCUGCUUUGAACACCUCAGAAGGGGAGAAUGGAUUUAUCAGGAGUGAAAAAGAAGAGCUUGCUAGGAGUCAAAGAAAAUAAUAAAAAGUCCAGCACUAGGGCGCCUUCUCCCACCAAACGCAAAGACCGCUCUGAUGAGAAGUCCAAGGACCGCUCUAAAGAUAAAGGGGCCACCAAGGAGUCGAGUGAGAAGGAUCGCGGCAGGGAUAAGACUCGGAAGAGGCGCAGCGCUUCCAGCGGGAGCAGCAGCACCAGGUCCCGGUCCAGCUCUACCUCCAGCUCAGGCUCUAGCACCAGCACGGGCUCCAGCAGUGGCUCCAGCUCGUCUUCAGCCUCUAGCCGCUCCGGAAGUUCUAGCACGUCACGCAGCUCCAGCUCCAGCAGCUCCUCCGGCUCCCCGAGCCCUUCUCGGCGCAGACACGACAACAGGCGGCGUUCCCGCUCAAAGUCCAAGCCACCGAAGAGAGAUGAGAAGGAAAGGAAGAGGCGGAGCCCUUCCCCGAAACCCACCAAAGUGCACAUCGGGCGGCUCACCAGGAAUGUGACCAAGGAUCACAUCAUGGAGAUAUUCUCCACCUAUGGGAAAAUUAAAAUGAUUGACAUGCCUGUAGAAAGGAUGCACCCCCAUUUGUCUAAAGGCUACGCCUAUGUGGAGUUUGAGAAUCCAGACGAGGCUGAGAAGGCGCUGAAGCACAUGGACGGAGGACAAAUCGAUGGCCAGGAGAUCACUGCCACUGCUGUGCUGGCCCCCUGGCCCCGGCCACCCCCCCGGAGAUUCAGCCCUCCCAGGAGGAUGCUGCCACCUCCUCCUAUGUGGCGCAGGUCACCCCCACGGAUGAGGAGAAGGUCGCGCUCCCCGCGCCGUCGGUCGCCCGCGCGCCGUCGCUCCCGCUCUCCAGGCCGCCGCCGCCACCGCAGCCGCUCCAGCUCCAACUCCUCCCGAUAGGCGGGGCUCGGAGCUCUGCCCCUGCGACUCCCUCCCACCUCCCUUGUCCAUUUCCAGGGAGUCACUGGGAGGAAAUCGCUCCCUCGGGGCAGGCUUCAAGGUGGAGGCAGCGGGGUUCAAGUGGCAGGAGUGUUGUGGGUCUGGGGUCGUGCUUGUAAAGAUGCCCUCCAGUUUUCUAGCUAGAGCGACUCCACGUUUCUAGUUCCUGAGAGUUUAGCGGCAGAGCCAGCAGGGGUGAGCACGGGGCUUCCGGUGCGGGGACAGCCCCAGCCUGGGGGCCUAUCUUCCCAUUCCACAGAUGACUGGGGCUGGGCUAGGGCUUCCCGCAGGAAAGGCGUGCUUUUAGGCAACUGCUGCUCCUGUUAGCCUGGCCCAGCUGGAGUCCUCUUCUAACCUCUAGGGUCAAAUACCACCCCCACCACCACCAUCUGCCCAGAAUGGUUCUUUACGCAUGUAGUCAUGUGCAAGGACACACACACACAGACCCCUCUUUCUGAAAUCGUUGAGAGCCAGCUCUGCCAGGUCAUCACAGAACCCCACCCCCACCCCAACUCCACUGUGUUGGUAUUCUUGGUGGUCUUGCUGGUUACCUUGGCAGCGUGUACAUUGCUUUUUCAGCUUUUGUUGUACAGUCAGUACUAUAAAUUUUGAGUUUUGUAACUUUGUAGCAUUUUAGAUGAUGUUGUGUUUGUACUUUGUUGUGUAGAGUAAAAGAAUUGUGUUGAAUAAACCUAGGAUUAGAGUGCAAUGUG